AUGGAGAGCGAGGACCGGUGGUGGGAGGGCGGGCGCGCGCACGUGAUGUGCCACGAUCGGGAGUGCACGCGGAGCAAGUGGGCGGGAUACGUGCCGGAUGUCGCGACGGCGGGCAGCGCGGUGACGGGCGGCGCGGGGAGCGGCGUGGCGAGCGACGCGUGGGUGCCUGGGAUCGGGUCGGGCGGGCCGACGGAGGCCGUGCGACUGGGAAUCGGCGACAGUGCGACGACGACGACGGCCAUGUUUGAGUCGACGACCACUCCGCCCAUCCCGCCUGACUCCGUCGCGCUGGGGUUCCCCACAGGACAGGCCAUGCUCAACGCAUCACUGGGCGUGGUGACAACCACGGCAGCAGCAGCCGCUGGUGCAGGAGUGACGGUGACUGUGUCUUACAACAUUCUUGUCGUUCCAGUUGACACCACCUCCGACACCACUGCCAGUGCCACUGCCGGCACUGGAAGCGCUGGUAGCACUGCUGGUACAGUCAGCACCGGCAGUGGGAGCACUGUUAGCACUGGCACAUCAGGGGGUGCGGUGAAUGGCGGUGUGCCGUCCGCCACGCCGCAGUGUCAGGACGGGCCGUAUGUGAGCGCUGCGCUGGUUCCUCUCGGCAAGUGCCAAGUGAAAGCGACAGCUACUUCAAAGGUUGUCAGAAUUAACAAGGCAUGGUAUGCCAAGCUGUCAUAUGGGGAACCCUGCGCUUCCAAAUCGUCCUCCGUGGUUUAUGUAGGCUGCCAGCGGAAAUACACUUUCCAGGUGCCCAAUUUUCAAGGGCAGAUGGGUGCUUAG